AUGGCAAACAAAAUCGUAACCCAGCGCUGCCAGGAGGAGCAGAUGGAGCAGAUGUCUCACAGCAUGCAGAUGUCGUCCCAGAUCAAGAAGAGAAAGUUCAAAUCCAGUGAUGAAGAGGCUUCUCUGAGUGAAUUCUAUCCCAUCAUUCCUGGUGACGUCAUGUCUGUGAAGGAGAUCCUGACCGAACCCAAGUUCCCACGCCACCGGACAUGGGAGGCCCUGAGAGAGACUCUGUCCAGUGAUGAGCUGCACCAGAGGAACCAGUGGACACUGUUUGGGAACGAGGCUGAGAAACUGGAGAUUGGUGUGAUCAGAAACCAGCGUGUUGUCCGUGAGCGAGCGGAUCGAUUGACUCUGCGCUGCGAGGCCGAGAGAAAAGCUUCACUGCACAUGAAGUUCAUGGAGGAUCUGAGCAUGAAGGCUCCUGAUUUCUCCGUCCCGCUGCGGUCGCACACGGUGUGGGUCGGGAUGGACGUCCAUCUCUCCUGUUUGAUCCAGGGCUGCCCGGUCCCCAGCAUCACAUGGUUUAAGGACGAUGUUCCUCUCCGAGGUUCCCUUCCGUGGAACUACAAGCUGACGAAGAAGUGCGGCCUCGAUGUUUUAGAGAUCAGGAGAUGUUCUGCUCAAGAUGCUGGAGAAUACAAGGUAAUAGCGAAAAGUUCUCUGGGAGAGGUGACGUCCAGCGCCAGGCUGAUAGUCAACUCACAUGAAGGGGCCGAAGCGAAACUGAAGCGCUCGUUGACGCCCAUCUCAGUUCCAGAGCCGGACGCGCAGCUGGCCUCCACCUUUCCUCCAACAUUUGUGAAAGAAGGUGAUAACUUGGUUCUGCAGUGCAGUUUCACCACAGCUUUACUGCCGUUCCAACAGGAAGUGACCUGGUACAGAGACGGGCUGGUGGUGCGUCAGUCCAGUCGUGUGGAGCUGCAGACGGGUCUGCGAUCUGCCAGUCUCACCCUGAAGCGCGUGCACAAGGAACAUGAAGGGCUUUACAGUGUCCGUCUGCGCACCUGGGAUGGAUCCGUCGAGCACAGCGCCUACGUCUAUGUCAAAGAUGGACCUGCGGUUGUGGUCGGGGCUCCAGGUUCUCCUCUGCAGGUGAAGUGUUCUGAUGUGAGCCGUGAUUACGUCUUCUUCUCUUGGAUUCCUCCCAGUGCAGACGGAGCUGCUGCUGUUCAGGGUUACUUCAUAGAGAGGUGAAGCAUGAUCCACGAU